CGCCGUACCAAUGUGUUUGCCACCAUCAUGCAUAUCUCAGCUUGAAAAUGUCCACACCGGCAGCCCGCAAAGUUCGGUUGUGCUCCUCUCACAGGUAACGGAAAUUGAGUGGCUAUUUCUCCGUCCACAGCGGGGGUUCUUUGUCCUUAACUCCGGCCUUCUUGGCCUCCGGAUCCUUGCCUUCGUGCAGAGACUGGGGCAUCACUCCGGCAAUUAUCUUCGAGAGCACCUCUGCUCGACAUUCAGCGAAGUGGAAUGGCUGCGCGAGACCAAAGCUUCGCAGGACAGCAAAAGCGGAAUCAUCGCCUGGUGAUGAUCCGACCACGGGGAUAUUUCGUGGACUUACGAAGUGUUUGGGUUAAAUUUCUCGUCGAGUCGACGUCAGGAAAAGGACUGCCAAGGAAAAUGCGGGAAAGCUUGAUGCAACUCGUGUCUCGCGAGGCACAGAACGAAGCAUCAAAGACCACAUAACUCAGCCACGGUUCCUUUUUAUUGGAUCAAUAAGGCCAGGAGACUAUCGCUGCUCUUGGGGAACCGUGCAAUAACAAUGGUUUGCCUAGCAGAAAACCGCCCCAAGUGGUCUUGGGAAUAUGAGUGCAAUCAUCUGUUAUGCAUGUGCCGGGGCCGAUUAUAUAUCUCCGUCUCCGUGAUAUGCAACGAUUUUCUCCACGGGAAUGGUAUGAGAGCUUGAGCUCUACCUGCUCUUCGGUCCAAAUCCAAAGACGCCUGGUUCUGAAUUCAACGAUGAAUUAAGAAAAUGCCAUUUAAAGCGGUAUACGCUGAUGUUGUAACUGAGCUCGAUUGGCACAUGCUUGGCUGGGAAUCGAGACAGAUCAAGCGGUGCUGGAUGGAUAAAGCAUCCGCAGCUGACUUUCAGCCAACCAAUAUCAACGAUGCGACAGUGACUGAUCGAUCAUUGCCGUUCUCAGAGAAGUUGGAAGUGGCCUCGCGAAUCACUUCGGGCUGAAACUUUCUUUUUCUGCUGCCAAUACGAACUGGAGCAUCACAGAAUCACGUGGCUCCAGGAGAGGCUGGACACGAGAUCCCCUCUUCACGGCAUUCAGCUCCCCGAAUAGAAAUGGCAGCUGAUUCCUCAGUGCUAUUUCGUAGAAAAAGGUUGCUCGAAUCAAGCAAUACUCACGAUGGAUCCACUAUCAAUCGCUGCAACUGCAGCAGCUCUCAGAGCGUUAUGUUUUGAGAUCAACAGCUUCACAGACAGCAUCAUCCAUGACAAGGUUCCAGAUUCGGACCUCACGAUUGCAGGGCUUGGUCGGGACCUCCAGAACACGGUCCUCGUCUUGGAUGAGAUAAACCGAACAUGGAUGUCUCAUUCGUCAUCAUUGAUGAUCCACCCAUCUGCAAGCUUCGGUAUGUGGCCGAGUGUCCAGGGCGUGCUGGACAGUACCGGAUUAGCGCUCCGGCAGUUGAAGAAGAAGAUAGAGCCGAUCGUGAAUAGCGGUCGUAACCGUACGGUCUUCAAGGUCCAUGCAAAGGCUUGGACCUUGGGUUUGAAAAUACGAGCCAUCUCAACAUACCGAGGCUGGCUCGUGGCCAAUUACUUGACUCUGAAAGUCGGUGCGACUAUAAUGAAAAUUCAGGUGCAUGAGCCUUCAUGAUGGGACAGCAAUACAGCUUAAACAGUCUCAUCUUUCUGUAUUGGAUAUCGAGAUCAAGCAGCUCGAGGCGGGGAUUGCGACUGCUAAGAAGCUAUCUUUCGUGUCAAGCGAGGAGGAUUCCGAAAGACAUAGACUGCUGGUUUCUAUGGAAGGCAUGGCGAAGGCUGGAUGGUCGUUUCAUUCCUUCAUGGCUACUUCUCCUUUACCUCAACCUGUAGUGCAAGAGCAAGAUGGCCAUAGUUCUGCGCCACCUCCUUCAUACGCACAGGCCAUGCAAUCGGAUGCUGACUCGGAGUCCGUUGAUGACGGGCCUCAACCUUCACCUUACAAUAUCGCAGCUCGCACAGGCAAUUUUGAAGAGAUAAAAAGGCUUGUCUCGAUCGGAGCAGAUAUACUUGCGACUGGCGAGAUAGGGCAAUCGCCCGCAUACUCGGCUGCGGUGAGUGGACACACAGAGAUUUUGAAGUAUCUCAUAGAUCACGGAGCGGACUACACAUCAGGAAACGAGCACGGGUUUACCCCUCUCAGCGCAGCUGCGACGUAUGGCCACCCUGGCGCAGUAGUCCUCUUGAUCCAGUACGGGGCAGAUCCAAAUCAACCCACAGUUGAUGGACAAACACCAAUCUACUCCGCAGCCAAAGAAGGGAAACUGAACACUGUCAAAGUGCUCGUGCAGCAUGGAGUGGAUAAAUCAGAAGGAUUACCGGACGGAAAUUGGACCCCAAUCCACAUGGCGGCCCGAGGGAAUCAUUUGGACGUGGUACAGUACUUGUGCGAGCAGGGGGCGGAUGUAGAUCGACCUAAUUCGACUGGAUGGACGCCACUUAUUUCCGCGUCUGACAUGGGCUAUACGGCGGUGGCAGCUGUUUUGUUGGGCCAUGGUGCCAAUAUCAACGCAACCGCGAAUAGCGGAACAACACCUUUGUACACAGCAGCGAGUAACGGUCACGUCGAGACGGUGAAGCUCCUGCUCGACCGUGGGGCAGAUCCCAAUAAGGCUAUGGGAGAGGAAAAUUGGAGCCCGCUCGGCGCCGCGGCCGCAAAUAGCUACGUCGAAGUGACGAGGUUGCUGCUCGCUGGAGGUGCAGACCAUGCGAUUGCAACCACAAAGGGUUGGACUCCCUUGAACUUGGCUGCUAGCAAUGGAUCUCUGGAUAAUGUGAUGGCACUGCUCAAACAUGGCGCGGAUAAGUCUACCGCAAACAACGAACAGGAGACGCCGCUUUAUAGAGCAGCAUCUAAGGGCCACCACGAAAUUGUUGACCUUUUCCUCGAGCUAGGUGCCGACCCCAACAAGGCAGCUGAAGAUGAUUGGACACCGCUGCAUAUUGCAUGUUACCGUGGUUAUAUCAAGGUGGUUCAGUCUCUUCUCGCCUGUGGGGCGGACCUAACCAUUCGCAACUCGGGAGGCCGGGCACCGCUGAGCUCUGCAGCUGAAAAUGGUCAUCUGGAGAUAGUGAAACUGCUUCUGAGAAGGGGAGCGGACAUUGGUCCUCGCAGUAACAAUGGCUGGGUUCCACUAACUCUAGCGGCCUCGAACGGGCAUACUGCGGUGGCGGAACUCCUUCUUGACAGGGGAGCAGACAUCGAAGCACGCGACGAAGCUGGGUGGACCUCGUUGGGAAUUGCAUCGCGAGAGGAAUACACAGACACCAUUAAGACACUUAUUCGACGUGGUGCAAGCAUCAAUGCAACAAACAACACCAAUUGGACUCCACUGCACGGAGCAGCUGGAAAGGGUAAUCUACAAGCGGCAACCGUCCUCCUAGAGAACGGCGCAGAUAUUUCGGCCAAGACGAACGCUGGGUGGACUGCCUUAGCGAUCGCCGCAUCUAACGGCCGCACAAGCAUGGUUCAAUUCUUGCUUUCGUGGAGAGCAGACCCAAACGCUGCCCAGGAGAGUGGAUGGACGGCUUUGCACUGUGCUGCUAACGAGGGACAUAUCGAGAUUGUUCAAGCACUGUUGCGAGCGGGGUCAGACCAAACCUUGAAGACGGAUCAAGGACAAACUGCGGUUGAUCUUGCGGGAACUAAGGGACACAGAAAGAUAGAGCAGAUCCUAGUCGAAUCUGGGAUGCAGAAUCUUCGGUUCUAAAUAGUUGUGUGUUGUGUGAGUGUCAAGUUAAUUAUAGAAUUGUUCCUGAGCUGCCAGUGAUGUCAUCUGCGGGGCACGCGUCGUGGACGCCAAGAGCAGGAGACCCUUCUU